AUGUGGUCCAACAACAGCGCUGCUCCCUUCUUGCUGACAGGCUUUCUGGGCUCAGAGGGAAUUCACCACUGGAUUUCUAUCCCUUUCUUGGCCAUCUACCUCUCCAUCCUUUCAGGCAAUGGUACACUUCUCUUACUCAUUUGGAAUGACCACAGCCUUCAUGAGCCAAUGUACUACUUCCUGGCUGUGCUGGCAGGUACAGAUCUCAGCAUGACCCUGACUACAAUGCCCACAGUCCUGCGAGUCCUGUUGCUCGACCGAAGGGAGAUUGCCCAGGGUGCCUGUUUCAUCCAGUCCUAUUUCAUUCACUCAUUAGCCAUCGUGGAAUCAGGUGUCUUGCUUGCCAUGGCCUAUGACCGUUUCGUUAGGUUUGGGAAACACGCCCCACAUGUGGUCCACGUCACCAUGAGCUAUGUCUACUUUCUCUUUCCUCCAUUCAUGAACCCCAUUAUAUACAGCAUCAAGACUAAGCAGAUUCAAAGAAGCAUCAUUCACCUAUUUUCUGUACACAGCAGGGCUUGA